UAUUUUCGUCAUUCCACAUAAACCUCUUAUUUUCAAUCUUUUCACUUUAAAUACCAAAAAACUCACCAUCGGAUCUUCAACUUAACAACACCUCAACCACUUUGAAAUUCAAUCACCACCGUGCCGGAGCUGAGUUCCGGCGACUCCUAAACUCGUAACUCACUCAAUUUCUGGUCUCCAUUUCACUUCACAAAACCGAAACUAUCUGUCUUCUUCUUCCUAUCUCAGAUUGGAAGAAGAAAAUCGUGAAAAAUGAGUUCAGAAUUGACUUUCAGAGGACACGAAGCACAACAAGUGAACGACGAAUACUCACCGAAACCAAACAAACCAUGGCUCUCAGCAAUUCGUCCGAUUCGUUACAUGCUUCGUGAACAACGACUCGUUUUCGUGUUAAUCGGAAUCGUCAUAGCAACUUUAUUCUUCACACUCGCACCAUCAACUACCAAAUCAUCAUCCUCAUUCUCAACCGUUCAUUACGAUUCUCAUCCGAUCUCAUAUUUCGAGAAUGAACCAAAAUCCACACCGUACCAUCAACGCGCCGCCGCGGUUGUUCAUUCAUUUGGGAAGAUUCCGUUAGGAAUCAAACGAAAGGGACUUCGGAUCGUUGUUACCGGAGGAGCCGGUUUCGUUGGUUCUCACCUUGUGGAUCGGUUAAUUGCGAGAGGUGAUAGCGUUAUUGUUGUUGAUAAUUUCUUCACUGGAAGAAAAGAAAACGUUAUGCAUCAUUUUGGUAACCCUCGAUUUGAGCUUAUUCGACACGACGUCGUUGAGCCUCUUUUGCUUGAAGUUGAUCAGAUCUAUCAUCUUGCUUGUCCUGCUUCACCUGUUCAUUACAAAUUCAACCCUGUCAAGACUAUUAAGACCAAUGUUGUGGGAACACUGAACAUGCUUGGAUUGGCCAAGAGAGUUGGAGCUAGAUUCUUGUUAACAAGUACUAGUGAGGUUUAUGGUGAUCCUUUGCAGCAUCCUCAGAAGGAGACUUAUUGGGGAAACGUUAAUCCAAUUGGUGUUAGAAGCUGCUACGAUGAGGGAAAGCGUACGGCUGAGACAUUGACUAUGGACUACCACAGAGGGGCCGGUGUGGAGGUUAGAAUUGCUAGGAUCUUUAAUACAUACGGUCCCAGAAUGUGCUUAGAUGAUGGACGUGUCGUUAGUAACUUCGUUGCUCAGGCGCUGAGGAAGGAGCCUUUGACAGUUUAUGGGGAUGGGAAGCAGACAAGAAGUUUCCAGUACGUCUCUGACUUGGUGGAGGGUCUAAUGCGCCUUAUGGAAGGAGAACAUGUAGGACCAUUCAACCUUGGAAAUCCCGGUGAAUUUACCAUGCUUGAACUUGCCAAGGUGGUCCAAGAAACAAUCGACCCAGAUGCAAAGAUAGAGUACAGGCCAAAUACAGAGGAUGACCCACACAAGAGAAAGCCUGAUAUUACUAAGGCAAAGGAGCAGCUUGGUUGGGAACCCAAGGUGGACCUUCACAAGGGCCUCCCACUAAUGGUUUCUGACUUCCGACAACGUAUUUUUGGUGACCAUAAGGAAGGUGGAACUGUGGCCUAAUUCUUGAAUGUGCUAUGUUUAUGUUAUGUGUACCUUAGUAGAGUGAGAAAGGGAAAAGAUGUAGUCCAAGGAUAACAACACUUAGGUGUUUUCCAUUAGUCACAGCAGCAUAUGAAAUGUCCCUUUUGUUGUUUCUUCUUUCUCAAUCUUCUUAUGAGGGAAGAUUGAUCGAUAGCCAUAGCCAGCCAUGAUUUCAAUUUCCUACAAUCUAUAUAAUUCUAUUUCUAUAUUUUUUGGAUGUAAGUGGGUACUAUUAUGUACAAGUGACUACAGUUAUAGCUAUUUCAACAUUUUACCUUA